UUAAGUAAAUCAAACAAAAAAGUGUGCUUUUACUUUUUGCCUUCAAAUAAAUUAAAAGUAUAUGUAAGCAAUAGCCAAAUUCCAAGCGUUACUUAAUGACUGACCAGGAAGGGCGAAUUUCGGACAUUUACUUGUCCUUACUUUCGCGACAUGUCCACAGUUAUCCAGAGGAUGGAACCCAUAAAAAUUGGGUCCUUCCGCGCAUAAUGAUUCUAUUCGACAGUGGGGAUAUGGACCAGGUUAUAGGGGCUAUAGUCUCCGAUUUGAUCCAUCCGAUUGGAAGUGGCCUGGUGGCAACCGUUUUGGUGGAGGAAUCAAUAAGGGACGAGGUGAUUAAGAAAAUCCGUGCCAAUUUAAAGCCCAUGAACGAGCGCAUUCAACACCAUCCAAAUUACUUGAAAACGGUGAAGCUUAUCGACCGCAUGAACUGCUCAACCAUUCACAUCGAGGAAUUCGAGGAGACAGAUACGAAAAAAAGAUAUGGUCGCAGGAUGAAAGGAUCGCCCAUUAUAGUUUUGGAUUUUCCCCAGUACUAUUUCGGUGAUAAGCCCACGGCUGUGAUGACCUUGAGUACUUUUCGAAAUCUCAAUGAAGUGGUAAAGCUUUAUAAGCGGGAAGGCCUGAACUUCGACUCGGUUUCUGUGUGGUCAUCGAAAUUGGCGCAGUGCUUCGAUUUGGUUACCAGACUUUCUCAGGCUUGGCAAUGGACUUUCAACUGCGUCGAUGAAUCUAUUCAAUUUCCCAAACAGCUCAAUGGAGUUGUAGUUGAGAAGAAUUUUCACUACGAGGCCCAUGUCAUUGGUGACAAAGUCAAAACUAUAGCGUUUCCCAUUUCGUAUUAA